AUGGAACCUGCUGAGGAAGCACGCGCUGAGGGAGUUCCCGCGGAGGGCGCCCCGACUGAGGCGAGCCAGCCGGAUAUUCCGGAAGCCCCUCCAACAGCUGUUUCAACAUCAGAAGAAAUGGGCUCCCAAGAGCCCCAAGUUCCUGUUAGCCUUUGUGCUGAAAGUGCUGUGGACAUAUCUGAAAGUGGAGGUGCUCGAGGCCCAGAGAUUCCUGUUGCCAGCACCAGUCAGGCCCAGGCCCAGGGUCACAGCCGCAGCUGUUCUCGUGGCAGAAGUAUCGAAAAGUCAAUGGGAGCCAUGAGUUUAAAGCGUGAUCAACCUUACGAAAUUGAGGAACAGUUUCUAUUGCGUCUGCCUUCAGUAACUGAUGGCCACAAUGCAGUUGUUCAUGUAGACAAUGUCUCACUGCCUGCUAAGCUGGUUAAUUUGCCUUGUGUUAUUGGAAGCCUGAAAACUGUUGAUAGAAAAACAUUUUAUAAAACAGCAGAUAUUUCUCAGAUGCUGGUAUGCAGUGCUGAUGGUAAGCCUCGCUCUCCUCCAGAAGAGCAUGUUACCUCUACUGAUCCUUUUGCAACUGGCAAUGGUGAUGGGAAGACAGAGGAAAAAAAAUAUAACUGGAAGCAUGGCAUUACUCCACCACUUAAGAAUGUCAGAAAGAAAAGGUUCCGGAAUACAACCAAAAAGCACCCAGAUGUCAAACAAAUGGAUGACUUCCAAUUUAAUGAGUGCAUUAAAUCUCCAGAUGUGAAAAACGAAGUUAAGAGACUGCUGCGCUCCGAUGCUGAAGCUGUCAGGGUCCGCUGGGAAGUCAUUACAGAUGAUGAAAUAAACGAACCAGAAAGUCAUGGGUGCAUCCCAAGCAUUUCAGGAUCCCCACAGAUGAGUGGUCCUAGCACAUCAGAAUAUGAUAAGCUUGGGGAGAUGGCUGAUGAUUCUGGCAGUAACAGUAAUGAUGUGGAAGAUAAGAAUGAUAAAAUUGAAGAAGAAGAAGAAGAAGAAGAAGAAGAAGAAGAAGAAGAAGAAGAAGAAGAAGAAGAAGAAGAAGAAGAAGAAGACGACGACGACAACCAAGAGGAGAAUGAUCAUGAUGAAGAUGAAGAAGAUGAUAAAGAGAUAGAAGAACUGGAGACUGACAGUUCUGAAGAGGAAUUAGAAAGAGAGCUGCAAAUCAAAUUUAUGCAAUUUAGCCUCUAUGGAACCAAUGAAGAUUACAGUUCAAUAAUCAUGGGAAUUCGGAAACUGAUUCAUUACAAAGAAAAAAACCUCGCACGGAUUUAUAAAAAAGCACAGCGACAGACAGAACUACUUGAGACUUUGGAAAACUUUACCCUUAAAAGGUACUUUGAGAAUACUUUGCGGCACCUUAGCAAAUUGGAAAAACAAAAGUGUGAGCAGAUUUAUCACCUACGGGAACAACUGAAAAGUUUUUUGAAGGAGUAAGGAAACCCUCAGCAUAGCACAAAAAGUGGAUUCACUUUUCAGAUGAAGACCAGGUGGAACCAUAAACCUCUAUCGCUCUGGUUACUUUAUCUUGACCAACUGUAGUUAUUGAGUAUUUUUCACUAGUUAUAGUAAAUUUGAAGACCAGAGUCAUAUAGAAGGGGGCAGUAUAAAAUGCAUAGUAGGUUUAGAUAGCCCACUUAACACAGGGCUUUGUUUCUCUUUGUUAAUAUGACAUUAGAUAGAGAUAUAGACAUAGCUUUUAUUCUAUGGUUCCAUGAGAUCAUUCAGCAAAUGUUUGUCAAAGGCAGGCGGUGUAGCCUAGAAGGAAGCAGGAGUGUUUUUCAUAAGUUAUCUUUUCAAACCCUAUUUUAAGCAUUUCUUACACUAUAGAAAAUAAUCAGUUUUUUCGGCUGGUAACCCCAGCAAUCAAGAGGCAGAAACAGAAGGUUACAGUUGAAGGCCAGCCUGGGCUAUGUAUGAGAUCCUGUCUCAAAAUAAAAUAAAAACAUGAAAACACCCCUAACUUCUAUCAAGAGCUGGGCAUGUGUCAAAAUUAUUUAACUACCUACCCCUCAGCAGUAAGUACUAGGCUGUGCCUUGCCUUUUUCAGGUAAAAGGUUGUUUUCCUUCUCACUGAUGAUACCUUACUACUUAUCUUUGUUCUAUGAGUAGGAACUGAGGGCUGUAGCUGGUUAUUAUUUAUGUAAGAGAACUAGAGCCAAGAUUAUAUCCUUAAUCUGUCUUCCCAUUGUAACUCCUAUAAGAAAAGAUUAAUAAAAACUAGAUUCCUGUAA